GCAUGUUUUCUUCUAUUUACAGGUUUCAGGUGCUCAAAAGCUCCCGGUAAUGUACCUGAUUGACUCCAUCAUGAAGAAUGUUGGCCAGGAUUAUAUCAAACUGUUCGGCCACAAUAUUAUUAACACAUUUAGUUGUGUUUUUGAAAAAGUUGAUGAAAGGACAAGAAAGAAGCUGUAUGAGCUAAGACACACCUGGAAUGAGGUAUUCCCAAAGUCCCGCUUGUAUGGGCUAGAUGUUAAAGUACAGUCGUUGGAUCCAGCCUGGCCUUUACCUACAGGUUUGGCAAUUACAUCACAGUCAACCAGCAAGCCAAAUAUUCACAUCAACCCCAACAUUAUUAAGCCUGGAGUGGUUAAGGGGUCAUCUUUAUCAACAUCAUCCUCAUCAGGUCACAAGAGCAAGAAGGACCUCGAAAUCCUCAAGCGCGAGGAACAGAUUUUGGAAUUAGAACGUCAAAAGUUGAUGUUGGAAAAGAAGAAAAUACUUUUGGAACAGAGCAGACAAGCAAAAUCAGACAUCAAGCUGGUGAAGGCUGAACCUGAGAAACCGGUUGCCAAGCCCAUCGAUGACCCCACUAUAUCCAGGGAACGACGCUCCGAAUUCCUGCGCUCCUACAAGAUAAAGAAAAAGCAGCAUAUUAAGGAAGAAUCACAGGUGAGUUCAACCAUCCAUGUGGACCCACGGCGUGUCCACCAAGUGCUUCCUGUGGUUGCUGCGUCUAACCCAGUAGCAACACAGGAUCCUAGACGAGUUGGUGAUACAACGCGAGAUCCCAGGUUAAUUGUUGAAAAUAACCGCGAUCCAAGGAUUGCACUGGAUGGUUCGCGAGACCCCAGAUUGAAUAUUGAAAAUUCACGGGAUCCACGGUUGAUUUCGGCUCUUUCCUUGAAUAGUACAAAAACUGCAAAGUCGAGUGAAGUGCCCGUUCUGUCCUCGCGUGAUCCUCGAGUGGCGAACAGUGAACCAGUGAAGAAGGAUGAAGAGGAAAAGGAGAAGAGGGAAAAGGAACGGGAAAAAGAGAGGGAGAAGAAAGAGAAGGAAAAAGAGAGAGAAAAGGAGAGAGUGAAGGAGAGAGAGAUUGAGAAAGAGAGAGAGGACAAAGAGAAGAGAGAAAUUGAGAAAGUGAGAGAAAGCAAGGAAAAGAAAGAAAAAGAGAGAGAAAAAGAAAAAGAUAAGGAGAAAGAAAAAGAGAAAGAGAAGGAGAGAAUAAAAGAACAAAAAAAGAAAUUAAAGGAAUCACCGUCGAAAGUUAAAAAAGAGAAGGAAGUGAAGCCGGUCAAGUCGGAGACGAGAUCUACUCGGUCAAUCCAUCGGGCAAAAGACAAAGAGAAAAAAGAGAAAGAAUCUCCCAUGUCAUCGUCAUCACCCAAGCCAGAUGUUGGCCAGAUAAAGAAACCUCUGGAGGUUCCUACACCUGACACCACAGAACACACAACAACAUUCAAGAGCAACAGGAGGAACAAGCAGCGGACCUACAAGCAGCGGGAUGAGAGUCCCGAGAGGGCCGAAUCUCCGCCCAGGAGGAAGCGCUCGCACGAAGAGACACUCUCUGACUCGGACGAUAGUGACCAUUACGAGGCAAAUAGACCUAACCCUGCAUUAUACAAUAAACCUGCUAAGAAGCCAGAAGCCAGCACCCCUCCCGCAUCUGCAGCAUCAAGCACCGGCAUCGGGGACACUGACUACCGUCAGUUUACGUCACCACCAAAGAGGCCGGCCACCGACGAAAAUAUUUCCCCACCCAAACCCGACAACAUCAUUGAUGAGAAACCGACAGAGCUGCGUCAAGAUCUUGGAUUGUUUAGCAAAAAAGAUGUGGAUUACCGACAGCUGCUGCCCCGUCCUGGACUCCUGCCUAAUCCAGGCCUGCCAUCUGCAUUUAACACGAUGGACCAAGACGAUCGUAAUCCUAGCAAUAGGGAUCAGCCACUCCGUGAUCCCCUUGCGCCUCUCAACACGUCAGAAAAUCAAGCUUCCAAAGUGCCUCAUUCCAAAGAGAUGGAUACUAGUGGCAUGGAAAGUCCACUAACGUGUUCUGUGGAUCCUCGUAUGAGGAAACACAGUUUCAAUAGCCCUCAUGCUGCGUCGUGGGAGAAGUUUCGGGAGAAAAAUCCCGAGUUCAAGGAAUACCAGAGGCAGGCUAGCAUGUCAGAAUCAGAUAGAAGUUUCUUGCUGGAUGAUGAGGAUCAAGACAUGGCUUUCUGCGAUAGUCAACAUGAACCCCUCAGCCGUGGGCACAGCUUCCGCAGCAGAGGUUAUGGAGACUGGAGGGACAGGGGACAGAGCAGACACAAAGAUGGGAGGAGACCGUGGUCUCAAGAGGAAGAAGAUAGUCUUGGUCCUCAAGGAAGAAGCAAGGCUGCCCAAGAAAAUUUCAAGAUGAUUCUAAAGCAAGCACUGGAGCAGAGGGAUCGUGGUGAGAUCAGCGAGGCUCAGUAUCAAGAUAUGGCUAAUAAACUGAGGCUAUUGACUGAACAAGAGCAGAUCAGGGAGGCACGGGAACGUGAAAGACUUCUACACAGAAAUAUUCCACUGCAGUUUCAAGGAGACGGAGAUUGGUCAGGUAGUGAGGGUCCAACACCCGUCACAGCCAGUGGACUACCAUCUGGUACAGGAAGCUUGGGUCCUGGUGGCCCUGGUCUAGGUCCAUGUACUGCUAUUCCUGGUACAGGACGAGGACGGGGCAGCCGCGAAGCUCACUUGACCUUUCCUCAGGGUGCUAGAGGCAGUCGAGGUGCUUUCUUGGGAGCCAGUGUUCCUGCUAUAUCACGAGGUAUGGGAAGAGCUGGAAGAGGAUCCUCAGGAACUGAAAAUGAUGCAUGGGGAAGAGGAGGGAUGAGAGGAAGAGGAAGAAGAGGAAGAGGUGGGCAGCAGCUGGAUGACAAUAGUUGGGUUUCUAAAGAUGACAUGUUGGAGGAUGAGUGGACUGGUGAACCAGACUUGCCAUUUGUGACAGAAGAGACCCUGAAGGCUGUAGCUCGUGAUGCUGAAACAAGGACCAUCGAAAUCGAUGGUGUUCCAAGGGAGAUCCGUACCUACGGAGAAAAUGCUGUAAUUCUGCUGGAUUGGGAUGAUCCUCGUAUUUUAACGUUUGGAGAGGGGCACUGCAACAUUGUCUUCGAUGAAGGAAAGUUUGUGUUACCAAUGAGAAUAGGGGAAGAUUAUAAGGAAUUCACCAUUGCAGGGGAAACUCACCGUAUUAAACUUGGUGUACCCACUCAAGAGUUAAUGCUGGAUGGUAGAGGGUAUCAGUGUUUCUUUGGUGGCAAGCCCAUAACUGUUCAUCUAGCUGGCCAGCCUCGUAUCGUUAGCCUGGAUAGCAAACCCCCCAAUGUAAAUAUAAGUCCUGUUAGAAAUACAGAAUUUUUGGCUGGUAAAAUUCAGCUUGUGAUCAAUGCGAAGAAAGUUGUUAAUCUCUUCUUGGAUGCCAAGCCACAGCGAUUCAACAUUGAUGGUAAGCCAUUCAUUAUUCAGUUUGUUGAUGCACUCAGAGCUGUAGCCAUAAAUAAUGUCAAAUUCCCAGUUGAAUUUGGAGGACUACCCCUUAGCAUCAGUGUGCGUGGCUACAGACGUUUCUUGCGAUUCACGUCACUGCCUAAGGGUAUUAUUCCAGGCCAAAUAAUCAUUCGAGGAAUGGAGCUUGAAGGUCAGAAGUUGUCAAGUCUUCCAGGUAGUCCAGCACAAGAAAAAAUUGUGGAGAAUGCAUUGAAAGUUAAUCGUGGUUCACCUGCACUUGACAUGUCUCGGCAACCGCCCAUGGGUUACCCUGCUGACAAAACCUCAAGCAGUUGUCCAACACAUGCUUCAGUGGGAAUGUCCUCCAUGCCUGAGGGAGUUUUUAUUCCUCACCAAGUACCACCUCCUCAGGGACCUGCAUCACAGGGACUACCUCCACAGGGACUUCCACAGAGACCUCUGCACUCUGGACCACCUCCACAUGGCCCACCACCACAUGGCCCUCCACACCAGGGUCCACCUCCAGGCCCACCACCACCUGUAUCACUUUGUCCUGGUCCCAUGUUGUCCCAGGCUCCACCAGCCAUGGCCCUGCCAAGUGGAAUAAUGCCAGUGACUACUAUUGGAAGUCAGCUUCCUCCACAACCAGGCUUAGGAACUCUGCCUGUUACUCUUGCCAACAUGAAUCAUCCUCCCCCAAAUACCAUCCCAGGCUCAUAUAUUACCAAUCAGCUGCCACCAACUAUGAUCAAGCCAUCACAGCCAACUCCUCACGUGCCUCUUGACCUCAAUGCACUCUUGGAAAACCUCACUCGUACUGGUCUCAUUGAUGCCAAGGCACAAGAUAAAACUAAAGGUAGAAAGGAAGAAUCAGAAAAGAAAAAAGAAGAGGAAGAAGAAGAAAAAGAGAAGGAAAAAGAUGAAUUGAUAUCAUUUGAAUUCAUGUUCAACCUGGAGAAUCUCCGAAAACGAAGAAAGUGGCUCAUAGAAUGUCUGUACCGUGGGAUGCAGUGUUCAUCGUGUGGGUUACGAUAUCCACCUGAACAAACACUUCAGUAUUCUCACCACUUGGAUUGGCACUUCAGACAGAACAGACGUCAGCAAGAGUCGACCAAGAAAGCCAACACGCGCAGGUUCUACUUCUCUACAGAAGACUGGUUGCAGUAUGAAGAAAUUGAAGAUGUUGAAGAAAGAGUGCCUAGUAUGUUUGAGUCUGAGAACCUGGAUGAGACCAUUCAAGCAGAAGAGGCUGAGGAACCCAGUGUAGCUGUUUCCUCCGAGGCAACCCUGGGAGUGUGUCCCACCUGUCACGACACCUUCUCUCAGUUCUUCCAUCAGGAAACAGAGGAAUGGCGGUAUCACAACGCUGUCCAAGUUGAUGGUGUCAACUACCACCCGACCUGCCACCAAGAUAUGCUUAGGGCUGAGGCAGCAGAGAAAGAGGCUGCAGAAAAGGCAAAGGAAGAACAAGAGAAGAUAGUACACAAAAAGGAAAAAGAAGAUAUUGAAGAUAAAGCUGCUGACGAUGAAAUAGGAAAAAUGACAGAGAAGACUGGAGAGGAGGAAGACAAGGAGGCUGAGAAAGCAGCAGAGAAAGAUGUAGAAGGAAGCACCGAAGAAGUACCAAUGGAUUCUCAAGGUUCAGUGACAGAAAAACUGGAGGAAAUGUCUCUAGAGCCCCAGCCUGCUGUACGUAUUAAAGAAGAACCGAUGGAAAUUGAGGAAAUCGACAUCGACUGUAUAACUUCAUCGCAGUCUCUCCCAGAGGGUAUGAUGGUCAAGCUGGAGGUGAAACAGGAGCCCGCCAAUAGCAUCGACGAUGAUGAUCUCAUUUCCAGAUCACCCGAGGACGAAGACAUUUCCAGCAUGUUGCCCAACGAGAGCAAUGAGGAGCUGCAGUGGGAGCCGCCAAUUAUGCUGGUAAAUGCAGCAGAGACAGACAUUGCUAGUUCCAUCGACGGCAACACCGAGCUGUCUGUCUCAGACACAACUCACACAAACACCACGGUCACAAAAAUCAAAUUUAAUAUGUCCAAGCCAACCCUCAAUAACAACAAUAACAAUGAAAAUGUUAAUGAGAAGAAUAAACUUGAUAACAGUUUACUUAAUUCCAGCAGUAUUGAGGAAGAAGUUGAAGAAUUUGUGCCUCCACCAUUCACAGUGGACUACAAUCUGAAGCCAUCUUUCAAGGAUGUUGAAUUGAUAGAACAACCCUCAGUAGGCAGAGGUGUGGAACUCUCUGGUCUGUGCACAAUCAUGUGAGCUACACUUCUAAGGAUGUGGGUAUUAAAAGCAUUCUCUGUCGAGUGCCUGCGUACGUACUGCAUUUAUUGUGACAAAAUUGCGCUACACAUCUCGUCUAUUUUAGAGGAAGUUUAGUAUCCUGUUUAUCUGGUGGAGCAUACAAGUCUAAACGGUGUCUAGCAAAAUAUUGUAGUGCAUUGUAUAUUGAGGUAUAAAGUACACUAUGAAUUCAACUCAUUUACUCAGAUGGGCAUUCUAAUUUAGAUUCCCAAUAUUUUUGUAUCAGUUUUCAAAAUUUUGUCUAAGAAAUAGAUGUCUUAAGCCAGAGCAUGCUCGAAUAGAAGUGAGAAAUUUAUUCUCAUUUUUGAGUCAAAUGGCAUUGGUAAUACACUUUACAAAACAGUUUUUUAUUUAAAAAAUAACAGUAAGAAGGAGGAGAAAGAAGUAAAUUCUGUCAUUCAGUGUUAAGUUAAUUUUUAAUAAUGUGCUUUUUAGUUGUGAAUACAGUACUAGUGAUUGAUGGCUCAGUUGCAGUAAUUGAGGUGUUGUGCGAGACAAUUCCAAGAUCAAAAUAUUAUUGUGCUUCGUAAAUUUUUGGAAUACAAGUAUUUUUGACAAAAUUCAGUUACAACUACUGAAAUUAAUUACUUGACAUUUUGCAGUAAUAGUCAGCGUAUACAGUACAAGAAAAUAUCAUCCACUUCUCUAUAUGCAAAUGCAUCUACACACAUGUAUUUACCUCUUACUUUCAUGUUUUGGUAUGGCCUUUGUGAUGUAUGCAUUGUUAUAGAUUUACUCAGCCUUAACGAGUUAAAGCAAUUUUAGGCUUUUACUGAUAUGUGAGAAUUAUCGACGUCAGCUCACGUUGAGCCAUUAUUGUAUUUAUACGUAUAUGCAUGAGUAAGACUCGUUAAUGCUCAAGUUGUACUGUGUCUGCUCUGGUGGCAUAUAUUUUUAAGAGUGCUACGAUUGGAUGAUAAAAUGUGGGCUGUCCGGUUUCCACUGUUUUGAAUAAAGUGCCUGUACACACACAAAAAAAUGCCAGCCUCUGUAGUGGAAAUAUGUGUACCUCAGGUGAUGUUUGUUUGGGUAUUGGGGAAAGUAUAAUUUAAAUCAGUGUUUCGAUUCGUAAACAAAUGUGGCUGACACGUUAGUUUUAAUUCUGGCUGUGCAGAAAUGUUGACAUUGACCAUUUUUCCACAUACGUGAAUGUUAUUUACAUUAAUGCGUCAUAAAAAGAUGAAACUCUAGUCCUAUGUUACUUCACGUUUUUUUUUUUUAUUUUGUAAUAUCAGGUAAGACUAUGAUUUUUAGGCAAGCCACGAUGUGAAGAUGUCAAGCUUACUAAAUACGUUGUGGUAAGAGCGUAGUCAAGAUGACAAUGGACACAGUGUCUAGGUUUAGCUUAGGAAAUUUAUAGAUAACGGUUAUUAUGUUAUGGUGAUAUGAUUGAAGCUAUCACCAGCUCUGCCUAGUGGCUAAGUAUGGUGUUAUUGAAGCUAGAACCAACUACCUAGUGGCCGAGUAUAGUGAUUUUGCAGCUGGCACCUGCUAUACCAAGUGGCUAAACAUGGCGAUAUGUUUGAAGCUAGCACCAGCUAUACCAAGCGGCUGAGUAUGGCAAUAUGUUUGAAGCUAGCACAAGCUAUACCAAGCAGCCGAGUAUGGUGAUACUGAAGCUAGCACCAGCUAUACGUAGCAGCUGAGUAUGGUAAUAUGUUUGAAGCUAGCACAAGCUAUACCAAGCAGCCGAGUAUGGAAUGGUGUGGAAGCUCAAUUGUUGUAAAUAUAGUUUUUCAUUUUUAUAUAUAUAUAUAUAUAUAUAUACAUAUAUAAAUAUAUAUUAUAUAUAUAUGCAGUAUAUAUAUAUAGUUUUGUACAUUUGUAAAUUAUAAAAUAAAUUAUAUUUUCCUAA